GUUUUUCGCUCUCCGUUUGUUAUUUUUGCCGGCUCUGCCCCUUCGCUUCGUGCCCGCGGGGAGCGGCAUGCCCGCCCGCUAGGCUCCCGGCGGCACCGAGCAGGCGGCGGCGGAGGAGGAGCGGGGCCGGCAGUCGCCCGCCCCGUCGCAGCGCCCCGCCGCCGCCGCCGCAGCCGCCCCCGAGGGAGGCCAAGAUGGCAGAGGCGUCGCCCCCCGGGCCGCUCUCGCCCCUGGACGUGGAGUUGGACCCCGAGUUCGAGCCGCAGAGCCGCCCCCGCUCUUGCACCUGGCCGCUGCAGAGGCCCGAGCUGCAGGCCAGCCCCGCCAAGCCCGCCGGCGAGCCGCCCGCCGACGCCGCCUCCAUGAUCCCCGAGGAGGAGGACGACGACGAGGAGGGGGGCGGUGCGGCCAUGGCCGUCGGCGGCGCGGCCCCCGCGGGCGGCGAAGCGGCGGCCGCCGGCGGCCCCGAGGAGGCGGCGCGGCCGCCGGCCCCGCUGCCCGGAGGCGGCCCGGAGGGGCCCGGGCCGGCGCCGGGAGGAGCGGCGGUGGCGGGCGGCGGGGGGCUGAGCGGCGGCGGCCCCGCAGCGGCGGCGCCGAGGAAGUGCUCGUCGCGGCGCAACGCGUGGGGCAACCUCUCGUACGCCGACCUCAUCACCCGCGCCAUCGAGAGCUCCCCCGAGAAGCGGCUCACCCUCUCGCAGAUCUACGACUGGAUGGUGCGCUGCGUGCCCUACUUCAAGGACAAGGGCGACAACAACAGCUCGGCCGGAUGGAAGAAUUCAAUCCGGCACAACUUGUCACUCCACAGCCGAUUCAUCAGGGUACAGAACGAAGGCACUGGGAAGAGCUCCUGGUGGAUGAUCAAUCCGGAUGGUGGAAAAGUUGGUAAGGCGCCCCGGAGACGCGCCGUGUCCAUGGACAACAGCAACAAGUACACAAAGAGCAGAGGGCGGGCGGCGAAGAAAAAGGCAGCCCUGCAGACUGCCCAGGAGGCGAGUGAGGACAGCCCUUCGCAGCUCUCCAAGUGGCCGGGGAGCCCGACUUCCCGCAGCAGUGAUGAGCUGGAUGCCUGGACAGAUUUUCGCUCCCGGACAAAUUCAAACGCCAGUACAAUAAGUGGCCGCUUGUCGCCAAUUUUGGCGAGCACCGAGCUGGAUGAUGUUCAAGAUGAUGACGCUCCACUUUCUCCCAUGCUGUACAGUAGUCCUUCGAGCUUGUCCCCCUCGGUAAACAAACCAUGCACUGUGGAGUUGCCUAGGUUGACUGAUAUGGCUGGGACAAUGAAUUUGAACGAUGGACUGACAGAUAACCUCAUGGACGACCUCUUGGACAAUAUAACACUCCCUUCCUCCCAGCAGUCGCCCACAGGAGGAAUAAUGCAGAGAAGCUCCAGUUUUCCAUAUGGUUCCAAAGGUUCAGGGCUGGGCUCCCCCUCGAGUAGUUUCAACAACGCCGUGUUUGGGCCGUCGUCCCUGAAUUCCCUCCGCCAGUCGCCCAUGCAGACUAUUCAGGAGAACAAGCAGGCUACCUUCUCUUCCAUUUCUCAUUACAACAACCAGACGCUGCAGGAUCUGCUCGCCUCAGAUGCACUUAGUCACAGCGAUGUCAUGAUGACACAGUCUGACCCGCUCAUGUCCCAGGCCAGCACAGCUGUGUCCGCCCAGAACUCCCGCAGGAACAUAAUGCUCCGCAAUGACCCCAUGAUGUCGUUUGCUGCGCAGUCCAGUCAGGGCGGUCUGGUCAAUCAGAGCCUGCCCCAUCACCAGCACCAGUCUCACAGCUCUCCUCUUAGCGGCAGCCGUGCCUUGUCCAAUUCCAUCAGUAACAUAGGCUUGAAUGACUCCAACAGCUUGGGAUCCAAACAUCAGCAGUCGCCUGUCAAUCAGUCUAUGCAAACACUUUCUGACCCUCUCUCAGGCUCCUCUUUGUAUUCCUCUAGCAUGAACCUUCCGGUCAUGGGACACGAGAAAUUCCCAAGUGACUUAGACCUGGAUAUUUUCAAUGGGAGCUUGGAGUGUGACAUGGAGUCCAUCAUCCGCAGUGAACUCAUGGAUGCAGAUGGGCUGGAUUUUAACUUUGAUUCCCUCAUCUCAGCACAGAACGUUGUCAGUCUGAAUGUGGGGAACUUCACUGGUGCUAAACAGGCUUCAUCACAAAGUUGGGUACCAGGCUGAAGGAUCUUUGAGGACAGGGAAAAUGGGCAAACAGGCCCUCAAACUGACACGAGAUGUAGAGAGAGAACCCUUUGCCAAAUCUGCUGUCAGCAAGUGGACAGUGAUACUGUUUACAGCUUAUGACGUUUGUGAACCCUGCGUUAUUCUCCUAUCAAAGCAGACUGUUAAAAGGCCCCUUAUCUGAGUGAAGAUCCUCCUUUUUUUUUUCUCUUUUCUUUUUCUUUGGAAUUGAACUCAUUUUGAAGUAUGCAAAAUCUUCCUUUUCUGGGAUGGCCAAGCACCUGCUGUGGAGACAAUGUUCAGCACCAUCCUGUUGAGAACACACUGUGUAGCCUUUACAGUAGUUACUUGUCAAUGAGUAUGUGGUGUUUCAAUAUAUUAAUGGUUUAUGGGAUGUUUUAAGUUGGCUUUUUGUUUUGGAGGUUCUCCCUGUCUGCCCACCCUCCUCCCUGCAACCUCCAGUUUGAUUUCCGUAGAUUUUUGACCAUUUUUGCUUUCUCUCAGUGGGGAAUCUGAAACACUGCAUACAUGCAAGGAAAUGAUCAUAACCCAACGUUGCUCAGAUGUCAGGGCUCUCCAGAUAGACACCGUUCAUGAUACCAACCAACCUACCAAAUUCCAGAGAGAGGUGAUUCGUUUGGUCCUUUUGCUUGUUGGGUUGGUUCGUUUGUUUCUUUCUCAUUCUUUCCUUAAACUUAAUGGUACGGCCCCGUUUUUCUGUAAGCAUCAAGCCAGAGUUGAUUGCAAAGCCAGGGAAACCAGCGAGGCAGACCUCCCGGCUGGUGCUGGUGAGGAUGGACUGACCACAGGUGCUGCUGCCUUCGCUGCCAUGGGAUCCUGCUUGCUGCCCACUGGAGCGGGCUCACCUCCUGCCUUAUGUUAGCAGGGCUGCCGCAAAUAGCAUGGUGAGAACUGUUAGGCUGAGCUGCCCCUCUGCUGCCAGACAUGCUGAGCGUAAAACCACCUGUAAUGAGCUGUCUGAGAAGCAAAAAUAAAGGGAAACACUGUCCUUUGCAGGAAAGGCGAGCGAAUGGGCUGUGUGCAUCAGCAAGUCGAUUGCAGUGGCAGCAGCACUGGGUGUCCAGGCGCAGAUUAUUGCAGUGUGUGUAAUUGCAUCAGUGAUCCUUUUUCUUUUCUUUUUUUUUUUGACAUAUCCUUGAUGAUUUUUUUCCUUCUCAUUGUAUAUAAUCCAUUGCAGAAAAAGCAGCAAGAGAGGGAAUGGUAAGGUGACAAUGUCAUGCAAAUGGCUUUUCAUAUGAGCAUAGAUUGUAACAGGAUUAAUGACACUGAAAGACAAGGCAGUUUUAUAUAUUUUGCUUCUUAAGAUUUUCUUUUGUAAAAUGAAUAAUAAUAAUAAUGAAUAAAAGGUAUGGUGCUGUAUAGAUCCUCUCUAUAAUCUGGAAAGUUUGAUUACUUUUUAUUAGUAUCUUGGGGGGAGGGAUACAAAAAAAGAGGGGAAAACACCAGUGGUACAUAAGAACUUGGUAUGAAGACGUUCUGAAUAGGACAGUGUAUACAUAAUUCUCCAAAGUGAUAUAUGAAGCUUUUUUCUUUGCAUAAAGGCAUUAUGCAUAUAAAUAUAUAAAUAUAUUUUAUUAUGUACAGAAAUGGAUCAUUAUGCAUGGAUGUUAGGAAAACCAACUAGCAUUUUAACCCAAAGUUUCAGUGCAUGAGUUGCCACCGGUCCGUGUACCAUGCAAUGUGGAGUGACUCCCUCUCGCCACUGCCACUGCACACGCACAGUCAUGCACACCCAUGCGAGCGCUCGUGGGUCCUUCCUCGCUCCUCACUUUCCGGGUCCCCAAGGUGAUAUUGGUGAAAUAACAGCUCCCCGUGUGAUGGAAGUUUUGUUUCGUAACGUAACCCCUUCAUGCUCACAGUGUUCUCGUAAAGAUGCACCUCUUGGUUUCACCCCGCACUUAUGACUGUGUAAACUCUGUGCAGCUGUGGUUGUUGUUGCCCUGUAGCAUAUCAACUUUUCCAAGUAGCCAAGGGUUUAUCAUUCUCGUUUCUAAAAAGAAGGAGACUUUUAUUUUCACACUCACUUGGUCUAUUUGCCAGCAUAGGGACUAGGCGAUUAAAUCCCCGGGAGGUAGCUGACACUUGCUGCCCAUCUCCAUAUUCAAGGAGGCUGGUUGUUAGCAGACACUGGCAUGCCACAGGACACCAGGCCUAGGUGUCACUUUGCUUAUCAGUCCAACUGCAGACGCUUCUUAACAAAAGUUAAGUCAAGGGCUUCCCUGCAAGCCUCCUGGCGGACCCCAAAAUGUGAGUGCACACCAAAGGCCUGUCCUCUGAUGCUCCUUCCCCAGGCACCUCUGUGGUGGCUGUCCCCAUACCCUGAGGAUUUGGCCACCAGCAGAGCUCCAUGAACAGGUGAUGUCCGCAGUGAGGCCCAGGGCCUUUCCAAAUGCCACCUGCCAGGUGUGUGGUACGUGUGGGCAGCACCGGUGUUGAUGUGGUGGUGGAUGGCUGAGUUGACAAAAACCCAUUGUUCAGUUUUGUUCCUUUGCGUGGAUGCAGUUGUUGUCCAGUGCAAGGGAAGGCCCCUUAGUCCAAAACAGCCUGCGGCAAUUUGUGCUCUGCCAGGGCAGCCUUGUUACAUCGAACUCAGAGCUAGCUCACACUGGCAUAAAUAGACAGAAAAACAGUCCGCUCUGUUCAGAAAAUGGAGACAAUUGAUUCAGAGACAGCCAGUCAAUGGCAGAGAAGGUUUGCUUUUUUUUUUAAUUAAAAGCAUUAGCAACUGAAAGGCUUAAUCUACCUCCCAGCAAUGUCAAGGAGAGCAUUUCCAUUGGCGUAUCUAGGCCACGUUGGGCCCCUAUGCUGGAGACUAUCUCAGCACCAGCUGAAGAGGGAUGGACUUGGACAACCUCUUCAGUUUGGUUUGGUUUCUGUUGCUCGUUUUUGCGGCCAAAACUUUCAAACUGAAGUGCCUCACGUCAGGCAUCGAAAGUCUGGGACAUGGAUGUGGUGUCAUUGGGGCUGGCGCUUCUCAAAUCAGCAGAGGUGCCUGCUGCCCCCCAGGGCCACCUCGUCCGCACGCUGAGGUGCCUAAAAAUUGCUCUCGUGUCCAGAGGUGCUGAAAAAUAACUGCGUCUUGUUGAACUCAAGGGUCACUUGUGUAGGUGUCAAAGUAAGGCUUAAAAUAAUAGUUAACUGGGGGAAGCCACCUUUUGAAAACUUUGGCCUUUGAGUUUCUGAACGUUCUUCUGCAUAGUUUUCCUUCUGAAAGCACGUAAAGCAGAUGAAGGCCCAGAACAAUUACACCGGUGUCGUUUAAACAAACGCUUUACAAAAGGUCUAAAAAGGUGGCAUUGAUGCAGUUCUUAGUCAUAGUUUUUUGGGUUUAUUUAACAAUUUGGUAAUUUUUUUUCUCAUGAGAAUAAUUGGAUGGUUGGCCACCGCCUAACUCCAGAAAUUUCUGUGCCACUGAUUCAAAAAAUACAACCUUUUAGAUCAUGUAUUUCUCUCAAAUGACGUCAUUGCUUGGCAAUCAGUGUCCUGUAAUUGUUUUUCGUACACAAUAUUCAUUAGGAGUUGCCAACAGAUGCGAAGGGGGACCAGAUACAUUUUGUUCCUAUGGGUUGGAAAAAUGGAUUGUACAUUUGGCUUCACAUGUUUAACUUUUUUUAAAAAAAGUUGCAUGAUUGGAAAAAAUAUGUAUACAGUAUCUGUAAAACUGUUUUAUCUGUUUUUGUUUCAAGCCAUGUAAAUUGGAAGAAUAUUAAAUCCACAGCCUUAGCGCGCAUGGCCGUCUUUACAUACCGAAGAGCUGAACAGUUUAUACUUUUCAUUUGGGCUAUCUUGUACUUUCAUUUGAAAGCAGACACUCUCAUGUUGCAGUCUUACUGAGGAUUUUAUAAAAUAAUUUUAAAAAAUUAAAAAAAAAAAAAAAAAAAAAA